AUGGUCAAAUAUUCUCCCUCUCUCCCCCACUCUCUCUCCCCUCUAUCUUUCCUCCCUCUUUCUCUCCCCUCUUUCUCUCCGUCUCUCUCUCUCCAUCUCUCUCCCCUCUCUCUCCCACUCCACUCUCUUUCUCCCCAUCUUUCUCCCCUUUUCUCCCCUUCUUUCUCCACCUCUUUCUCUCCACCUCUUUUCUCCCCUCUCUCUCUUUCCCUCUCUAUUCCACCUCUCAGCCCGCCUUCCUCUCUAUCUCCUCUCUCCUUCUCUCGCCUUCGUUCCACCUCAGAUGAAAUCUCUUUCUCCUUUCAAAUAUGCCAUUCUUCUUAUUAUUUUUCUUCUUUUUUCUUUUUCUUCUUCUUCUUUUCUUCUUUUUUCUUCUUUUUCUUCUUCUUAUUCUUUUUCUUCUUUUUUCUUUUCUUCUUGUUCCUCUUCUUCUUCUUUUUCUUUUCCUUCUUCUUCCUUUUCUUUUUCUUCUUUUUCUUUUUUCUUCUUUUUGUCUUCUUCUUCCUUUUCUUCUUCUUUUCUUUUUUCUUCUUCUUCCUCUUCUUCUUUUUCUUUUCUUCUUUUCCUUCUUGUUCUUUUUCUUCUUUUUCUUUUUUCUACUUUUUGUCUUCUUCUUUUUCCCUUUCUUCUUCUUUUUUCUUCUUCUUCCUCUUCUUCUUCUUCUUCUUCUUUUUUCUUCUUCUUCCUCUUCUUCUUCUUUUUCUUUUCUUCUUUUUCUUCUUCUUCUUCUUUACCUCUUUUUCUUCUUCUUCUUCUCCUUCUUCUUCUUCUUAUUAUUAUUCCUGUUUUAAACACGAUCUUGAGUUUCUUCUUUGUCUUCCUCGCCCCCGUUUUUAUUUCCUUCGUCUAAUCCGUACUCUCCUCAUAUCUAUCUAUCUAUGCCAGUCUUUUAGUAUCUAUCUAUCUAUCUAUGUCAGUCUUUUAGUAUCUAUCUAUCUAUCUCUGUCUUUUAAUAUCUAUCUAUCUCAGUGUUUUAAUAUCUAUGUCAGUUUAUUAAUAUCUAUCUAUCUACCUAUCUAUCAAUCUAUCUCUUGUUUUAAUAUCUAUGUCAGUCUAUUAAUAUCUAUCUAUCUAUCUAUCUAUCUAUCUAUCUAUCUAUCUCAGUCUUUUAAUACGUAUCUAUCUAUCUAUCUAUCUAUCUAUCUCAGUCUUUUAAUACGUAUCUAUCUAUCUAUCUAUCUAUCUAUCUAUCUAUCUCAGUCUUUUAAUACGUAUCUAUCUAUCUAUCUAUCUAUUAAUCGAUCUCUCUAUCUCUGUGUUUUAAUAUCUAUGUCAUUGUAUUAA